GUUGAAACCAUAAGUUUACAUUCACCAAAAUAAAACACACAAACUUAGUUUACUGUAAUUUUGAUUCAUACGUUCAACUUAAUUUAGUUUUGUAUAAUACAAUCAGAUUAAAUAAGUUCCAUUCUAACUGACUGAUUUUUAUGGACAACAAAUACUGUACAUUUUGAAACAUUUGCUCUUUAUUUGCCAAAUAUUUGAGGGGAAUCAGAUAAUUUCAGACAACUGAAAUAUUUGGUUCCAAUCUUCUCUCUAACUUUGGCACAAACAAAAGAGAGAGAGCAAAUGUUAAUAAAUCUACAGGAUUUGUUGUCCAUGAUGAAAGGAAUGAAACAGAACAGAAUUUCACGCAAGACCUUCUCCAUUUCAGGCUGUUUUCCCCUUCCAAUAUGGCGGAAUGGUUGACGUCUCCGUGUGACGAGCAGCUUGUCACACACCGGCGACAAACUUCUGAUUCGUCAUUGUUCGCGACGUUGAAUCUGAUUGGUCCGUUUGUGUUCCAGCGUUACAGAUUCCGAGUAGAAACACGGACUCGCUGUUUUCCAUCCGUUAUCCGUCGAACAUCGCAUCCUGUCGUUGUUACAGCAGGUUUUUAAUUCACUAAUUUGAUGCAGCUGACGUCGUUGUAAUCGUAAACGCUCGAAGCGACAUAAAUUCCGUCUGUUUCAGUCAUGUCCUUCCAGCCGGACCGUGGGGGUCUGAGGGGACAGAUGCCCCCCGGCCAGAACUACCUGAGCCCUCCCGCUCCCCAGCCUCCUGCUCCACCGUACCGUUACGACCCACAGACUCCGCCGGGUUCGGGUUACCAUGGCAGCGCCGGCUGCAUGCCCCACCACCCUGACUUCAUGCAGUACCCUCCCCCGGCUCCGUCGCAGCAGACCCCCGGCGCUCUGAGGCAGUGCCCGCUGCGCCCGCCUUUCCCCAAACCACCUCCCAAUUUCCCGCCUCCCCCUUUGCCCAGCUCAGCAGGGGGUCCUACUCCCGGCUCCAGGUCUACCCACCCCCCGUACCCCAUGAACUACCCUCCUUUCCCUCCUCCGCCCUUCAACCCUGGCUACACCCAGACCGCUGGCCCCUUCCAGCCGGACCACGGCCUGCGACACGGGGGGCCGUACCCGUACGAGAAGUCCGCCGACAGCCGGAGGUCACCGGAAAGAGGGUAUCGCUAUGACGACCACAGGCAGAAGAGCUACGGCGAGCGACACAGAAUGGAGUUCAGCGGAGAGAGGAAGGAGCGCGGGAGGAGUCCCGACCGGCGCGGGAGGCCGGAGGGAGGGCGCUACAAAGCUGACUACGACAGAGGGAGGAGUCCGCCGCGACACCGGAGCCGGGAGAGGAGCAGGGAGCGGUACCGCCACCGAGAUGUUCGUCGAUCCCAGUCACCUGAUCGGUACAGGAAGAGACCUCGGAGCCGCUCAACGAGCCGAGAAAGGAAGCGAGGGCGCUGGGAGGAGGAGAAGGAGCGGAGGUCAGACAGCUCCUCGGGGCCGAGCCGGGAGCGGAGCUACUCGUCCCUCCGGAGCCGGGACAACGACGAGGCGUUCGGGGAGCGCGAUCGGCAGCGGGACAGAGAGAAGGAGAAGUACGACGAGGAGGAAGAGCAGCUGAAACCCGCCUGGAUCCGCUGCACUCACGCCGAGAGCUACUACUCCAACGACCCCAUGGACCAAGUGGUACGUUCUGCUCAGCACACUCUGGUUCAUGGGCCAAACCCGGCCGCCUUCCAGAUGAACUCAGAACAAUCGUCAGGCGACGCCUCAGAUCACUUCCUGCACGAUAAAAGCCUUCCUCAUCCCAGCUCUGUGUUUUUCUCCAACACUGACCUUUACCAGGAGUCGGUGAAAGCUGCAGCAGGAACGCUGGCUGCUCUUCCAGGAACGCCAGA